AUGUUCUCUCGUUCUUUUUUCUCCUUUCUUUUCAUCUCCAGCGCCGCAGCAAGAAAUGCUUUUCAAUUCGAGAAUGAUGAUUAUAUCGAAUAUCAUACUUUGCCGAACCACCGUAUAAGUAAAUGGAACAUCACUCACUACGAUCGAUCUGCAGUAGCCCCUGGCUAUUGGUUCACUGCACCUUACUGGCAACAUGAUGGCGACAGAGAUACAGGCCUAUGGGUACCAUACCAGAUAGGGCCUCAUAUAUUUGACGAAGAUGGCGUUCGUGUUUAUUCCUGUCUGCCCUCUAUUGUUCUGCAUACUGACCAUUAUGAUCAGGUCUUGGUCUGGGCUGGCUCUGCGGAGAGCGAAAACAGGCCUUCCUUCGACUUUAAACCCAUCGAUCUAGCAAUUCCAGGUAUUCCCGAGUCUGAAAGACAACAAUAUCUAUCUUGGAUGUACUUCCACGAGCCAUAUGCCCCAGAAAGCAAUGGCUCGGUUAUUUUACACGACAACCAUUACAACCAGGAGCGUGAGAUUAGUUUGGCGUGGAACCAGAUCGACACCCAUGAUUUCCACGUGAUUGAUCAUGGGUCAAAGGCCCUUAUGAUCUCAAUCAGCCGCGAUGAACCAAGCUUGGUGGAUUUCGGCCAGCCAGAGUUAACCGCACGAAUUGAUAACUCGGGCUUCAUCGAACUCGAUCUACUGGCUCAGGCAAACACGACCACUCACAGAUUAGUCGACUGGAGUCCUCUUGGCAGGGUUGGCUUGGAUGAGAGCUACGUGAUAAAUCAAACAAAUAUCUUCCCAGACUUCAUGCACGCCAAUGCUAUCGACAAAAACAAGUACGGUGACUACUUGCUCUCUGCACGACACACAAGUACCAUCUAUCUAAUCUCCGGCUUGGACGGUCAUAUCAUUUGGCGUCUUGGUGGUAAGAAGAAUGAUUUUGCCAAAAACUUCAACUUUUUCGGCCAACACGACGCAAGGUUCAUCUCCGUGAACGAGACACACUACGUCAUUUCAAUGAUGCAGAAUGGUGCCAUUGAGGAAGAUGUACGACAGCCUGUGUCGUCUGCUCUCCUGGUUGAACUGGAUGUUGAGAACAUGGAAGCGACCCUCCUUCGUCGGUACAGGCGCCCAGACGGCGGAAGCACCCCGCGCCGUGGAAAUGCGCAGAGACUUCCCAACAGUAACGUCUUCGCCUGCUGGUCCGAACAGAGCUAUGUCAGCGAAUACUCGCCUGACGGCCGGCUACUUAUGGAGGCCAGAUUAGCAUCCAAGCGACUCAAUACCUACCGAGCGUACAAGUACCCUUGGGUUGGCCGUCCUUUGUACCCACCAACGCUUUUGUCCCAAUCGCACGGUGUCAAUGGGUCUGAGCUCUCGACAGUCUUCCAUGUCAGCUGGAAUGGCGCCACCGACAUCGCAUAUUGGCGAUUCUUUGCACACGCAAACUCGACCAGCAACACAACCGAAAUUGGUCUUGUCCGAAAGGAAGGAUUUGAAACUUCCUUCAUCGCCAGGGGCUUUAUGGACUUUGUUUCUGCUGAGGCCCUGGAUUCCAACAUGGUGGUAUUGGGCAAGACUUUACCAUCGCGCACUCCUGGUCCCGAAUACUGGUCAGGCGAAACUUUACCCACAGCCGAUGAUCCUGUGCAGUUCUUGGUAGAUCACAACAUCAAGGCCCCUGCCUCGAGAGGCAUCGGCGCACUCUUCGGACUUUUUGUCGCAGGAGUGUUUUCAAGUGCAUUCUUGUGGGCCGUGUUCAGCUACAGGCAUGCUCUGAAUCGGUAUGCCAUCCGCUGCUAUUCCAACUUGGUUUUGACCUCCGCGGGUUAUUUGCCAAUAUCCACCGCAAGCCCUUUAAACAGCCCGAGUCCAGUGGAAGAGAUCACAUUCCUCAUGGAUAAGGCUUAA